GUACGUUGUUACUCUAUAGUCUGUAGUUGUUCAAAAAUUUCCUUUUCCUUGUGGCAUGGUGUCGGCAUAAGUUGCCGAUAAAGCAACCACAAUGCCGCAGAACGAAUAUAUUGAACGCCAUCAAAAGUUAUAUGGUAGAAGGCUUGAUUAUGAAGAGCGCAAGCGAAAACGAGAGGCCCGUGAACCUCACAAGAGGGCAGAGAAGGCGCGCAAACUUCGUGGUAUCAAGGCUAAGAUUUAUAACAAAGAGCGGCGCAAUGAAAAGAUACAGAUGAAAAAGAAGAUCAAAGCGCACGAAGAGAAAAAUGUACGACAAAAUACCGAAAAAGUUGGAGAAGGUGCGUUACCCGUAUAUCUUCUUGACAGAGAUGUCCAGAACCGUGCUAAGGUUCUAUCUAACAUGAUCAAACAGAAAAGAAAGGAAAAAGCGGGUAAAUGGGACGUACCAAUACCGAAAGUAAGAGCGCAAGCCGAUGCGGAAGUAUUCAAAGUCCUUAAGUCUGGUAAAUCAAAGAGGAAAGCGUGGAAACGCAUGGUCACUAAAGUCACAUUUGUCGGUGAGAAUUUCACACGGAAACCGCCCAAGUUCGAGAGGUUUAUUCGACCAAUGGCACUUAGGUUCAAAAAGGCCCAUGUAACACAUCCAGAGUUAAAAGCUACAUUCUGUUUACCUAUUAUCGGGGUUAAAAAGAAUCCAAGUUCACAGAUGUACACAAGUCUUGGAGUCAUAACAAAGGGAACAGUUAUUGAAGUCAACAUUUCUGAGCUUGGUCUGGUGACGCAGGCGGGCAAGGUUGUUUGGGGGAAGUACGCUCAAGUUACCAACAAUCCAGAGAAUGAUGGUGUUAUCAAUGCUAUUCUAUUGGUUUAAAAUUUAUUGUAUGAAUUGUUAUUCUCUUGUAAUAAAAAUUCAACAGAG